CUGGAAGCUACUGCUUCAGCCUUUAAAUACAGUCAUUUGACACAUCCCAACAGGGGCUUGUAGCUGAGAGGAACUGCUGACCCAAACCCAGGCUUUAAGGCGAGCUGGUGUGUCAGCAUCACACUCCUUCGGACAGCAUGAAGGCUUUCUUGUUCACCUGUAUGUUCACGCCGUGGCUGGCGACAGCCUCGGCGGGAUGGUUCAACCAGGACUCGCAGCUGAUACCAGGAUCUCUACCUGACAAGGAGCUGAACAGAUACUACAGUGACAAUUUAAAAUCAAGGAGGGCGAGGAGGGAACUGCCUCCUGAUGACGGCCCAAUCUCAGAGGGAGCAGACACUUCAGACCUGCCCACCUGCCUGCUCUGCGUGUGUCUGACUGGCUCGGUGUACUGUGAGGAGGUCAGUCCAGACAUGACUGCUGUGCCCACACUGCCUAAAGAGACGGCCUACCUGUACGCCCGCUUCAACAAGAUCAAGAAGAUCGGUAACAAGGACUUUGCUGACAUUGUGACUCUGAAGAGGAUUGACCUGACGGGGAACCUGAUCUCAGAGAUCGAAGAUGGGGCAUUCUCCAAACUAACUGCCCUGGAAGAAUUGUCUCUGGCUGAGAACCGACUGGUCAAACUUCCGAUGCUCCCUGCCAAAGUCACAGUGUUUAACGCCAACCACAACCUCCUCAAAACCAAGGGUGUCAAAGCUAAUGCUUUCAAGAAAAUGACAAAGCUGACCAGCCUGUUCCUGGCUGACAACCAGCUAGAGGCCGUUCCACAAAUCCCAGAGACGGUUCGGAUCUUACAUCUACAGAACAACAACAUCACUGACGUCAACAGAGACACCUUUUGCAAGUCUAACAGCACCUACUACCUACGACUAAGCCUCAGCGAAGUCCGUAUGGACGGCAACCCCGUGUUGUUGUCCAAGUACCCCGACAGCUUCACCUGUAUGAAGGUACUGCCUGUGGGACGGUACCGCUGAGGAGGCAGAUACUUUAUCUGGAGCUCCUUCAACGGAACAGUUUUCCCACAGAGCCUGGGGGGUGGGGAUACUGUGACGUUCUGGAUUUUGGGGGCACUGGUCCAACGGUGUCAAUGAUACACUUCACCAAACCUACAAAACAGCUUGUGACAGUGUCAGGUCGAAAUGAAACCAUUCACAGGACUGAGGGUGUAGAACUGACAAAGAAAAAAUUCUCUACUCUAGCCUUAAUCAAUUCUACUGUCGGUAGGGACAACGGUUGUUGAGUCAUAGUCACACGAAUAGUGCCAAUCUACCUGAAAAGGUGUGUGAAGUUCUCAAUAUGCUUCAGACUAGUGUGUCUGACCAUGUUUCAAAUCAGUGGUUAUGACUGUCCUCACUUAGGCGGGUAAAAGUCUGCCGUUAAAGCCUCUUUGUGGCAGCAUCCAUGCCGUCUUCCGGAUCUCUCGCCAACAAAUCUGUUUUGCAUUGCAUUGUAGACUUAAGCUGCUUUCAGACAUGCACCAGAGUCUAAACAUUGUCCUAAACUUCUCCGGAGGGGCUGUAUGUGAGAACACAAACGUCUGCAGAUGUUGCUCCAGACAAUCUCCGGAGUUUCUCCUGCCAGCCCCCUAAUAUAAUCUCCGGAGAAUGUCCGAGUGAGUCCAUGAGAGAAUACAGCAGGAGAAUCUCUGGGGAAUUCAAAGCGAGCGAGUGGGCAUCUUGAUGGCUGUAAACGAAAACACUGCUUUUUUGCAGCGGGGCGUUAUCAGGGCCGCACAGCACAGAAUGCUCCGGAGAUUAACCUGCUGUUGUGAACGCAUCUGACACGGACAAUCUCCUGCUGUGUUUGUCAUAUGUGAACGGUAAACUCAGGAGAAUGUCCGGACGCAGUUCUUCAAACAUAAUCCACAGUACAUGUCUGAAAACAUCUUCUCCUUAAAGGUGUUUUAGAAAAAGAGCUUGAAAAGCUUAAAAAACCUGCCGAAUUUCACACCUGCUGGUCUAUCACUGUGUAAAAGUGCAUGUUUGUCCGUCUGUUUUGGACAAAUUACAUAAACUGUCCAACACUGGACACCGGCAUUGGAAGGAAUUGGAAAGACGAACUCGGGGACUGUUGACGAAUUUUGACGAAACACUUAGUCUGAAGCACACUGAGAUAUUCACAAUGGGACAAGAUGACCUAAAAGAUUUGAGCCACCCAAUCAGAAAACACCACAGGUGAGGUGAGUUGCCUUCUGAAUGUCUUUUGUAGAACUGAUGUAACCCUGAUGUAAGCAAAUGGAGAAGCAGCAACACCUCCACAGCGACAGUCCCACCUAUUGUUUCAUUUUGACCUGACGCUGUACAACACAGAUGAAUGAAACUACACAACCUGCUUGUUACACUGAACCAACACACACAUGCAGCCACAAGUCAACAGGUUUUCCUCUAACUACCUGCUCCUUUCAGUUUAAAACACAACGGGCCAAUGAUUUCAUGCUCUGUGUGAAUUGAAUUUAAAAAUAGAAGCAUUUUGUUGCAAUGAGCAACAUAUUAAGUGGUUAAGAUUAAAAAAAAUUAAUUCAAGAUACUAUUGCAACUUUUUUCUAAAAACCGUUGGUGCUUUUACUGACCUAACAAGUAUCUAGUACUGUGUAAAAUCUCUAAUUUCAAUGUAAAUUAACAACAAUAUGUUUUCGAUUACUACAGCUAAAAUAUGACCAAAAGAAUUUUAUAUUCAAACCACAUGUUCACGUUGUCGUUUGUGGUCAAUUGUGGUUUUUUUGGACGCGCAUCAUUGCAAGAACAAGUACAUGACUGAAGUGAGAGUAAGGCUAGGCUGAAACACAUUACAAUGUUUUGGGUUCAGCCUAAUAAACAACAUUGUUUGAUGCCUUGGUUAAUCCUGAAAUCUAUUAUCUUCUAUCCUGAUGAUAGUUUAAGAGACGAUGAUAAAAUAUCUUACAAGCAGGAUCCAAGACAAUUCGGUGCUACGAAAGGAAAACUUGAUUUUUACUCUUAUUUUCCUCGACUGAAUCUCGUAUCUGAAAAGGCACUUGAAUGAAAACAGCCUGUGGGCAUCGUUAACCUUUCUCAUUACAUCUCUCGCUGCAUGGAGAUUUCUUGCUCGUCAGACUAUUGGAUUCCAUCUGACUUGGACAGCUGAUAAACAUUAGAUUGUCUUGGUCUGCCAACAGGAAUAGUCUGUAAAUACUUCUCUGAUUAGGUUUUGCCUGGGGGGAAAAAAAUGAAUAGAAAUAAACACAACACUCUGGGCUCUGCCCUACCUUUGGGUGAAUAAAUUUCACUUUUAAUCAUUCCAUUACUAAUGCUUCUUCAUGAGGACGCUGGCCAUGUAGACUGGUCGAGCUGCAGGCUUUCAUACAUAUUUUGUUGACUUCACUUCACUUUGUUCUAUUUUAAUUUAUAGACUCCAGCUGAAGUGACCUGGGGAGCAAUGUAGCUAUGAACUAUAGUAAUGUGAAAAUUACUCCUUUCUUUUUUCUUUUUUUUUUUUUUUUAAAUAUCUGGCUUGUGUCCCUAACUCUUACCUUCCAGUAAUAAAAAAUACUAUAACAAUUAUUACUUAUGUGAAUAAGAUAGUGGUGUACAGGAAGAUGUGUAUGUGACAAGGCUAUGUUUUUAAGAUAUUUUAAUAAAGUUAAACUUUUUUUUAUUAAA